CAAGCCUGUGCUUCUUGCAGUUCACCUGGUUGCUCUUAUGCUCCCAGUUCCUAGCGUGACUGCCACAUUGUCACCAAAGCUUAUAGAGUGUUUGCACAAUCUCACUUCAGCAUAAUGCAUAAUGAACCUCAAAUUAAUCCUGCUGGUGUGUAGGGUAACAAAUUUCCAGUCAAAUUAUUUUCUCUGAAUGGGGUUGUAAAACACACCUAUAUUGCCCAUCCAGGAAGUGUGAAGCUGUAAAAAGCAAGCCAAAUUGCUGAGUUUUAUCUUCUGCUUAUCUCUGCAUUUAUUGCCCUUAGGAGCCCAGCGUCCUCCAGGGAGUGUGACAAAUCCUGAUUGUAUUUACUACUUACAGCUUUUACUAGUUCUCAAAUGUGGAAAGAAGAAAAACAUAGUCACUGGGGAUUUGUCUAGCUCUGUGUGUGGCUGCUUCAGAACUGUGUCCACCUCAGUUGUAUGUUCAUUGCUCUGUCUCCUUUUGGUCUGAUGUCAUGCACAACCUACAUUUAUAAAUCUGCCUCUCCUCACGUGUGAAGAGUAAAUAGUUUAGUAAUCUUUGAGUAGUUGCAGAAUCGGUUGGAUAGCUCCUGGCCAAACUGAGUAUGUUUUCUGCUCCAUAAUUUGCCUAUUUCUCCAAGAGACUUACCCUCUUUCUACCUUUCUAACAUUUAUUUUCUUUUAAAUUAUGGGUUCCUUUGUUGCAGAAGUUAGGAAGAGUUUGGCUGUUGAAAGAAUUGCUGUUUGUUUCCUCACUGGUGCUAGUCUAGACAGUCCAGAGAAGGGAGUACAGGCAUCAGCAGUGGUUCUACAAAGCUUGUAAAUGUCACUCUCUGACAGUAAGAUCUGGGUACCUGGUCCCUGUUAACCUCCUCUGAAAAAUCAGUCCCAGUGCCUGACUUUCACACAGAGGCACCACCAUUGCAGACUCCUUUCCUCAGAAGAAAAUGAACUCUAUUGCAGCAGAGAGAAAGACCCGGCUAAAAAUCAUAUUUGGCGUGGUUAUAUGCCUUUUGCUUUCCUUAUUACUUAUGUGUAUUAUACUCCUUCCAUCAAGAGUUAUCAACACAGAUGAUGGUCCCAGAGCUCUUACAUUGGAGGAUUAUUUGAAUGGAAACUUCCAAUAUAAAACAUUUUUUCCAUAUUGGGUGUCAGAUAAUGAAUAUCUUCAUCAGUCUCCAGAAGAUGAUAUUAUUCUUUACAAUGUUGAAAUUAAUUAUGCAACCACCAUCAUGACAAACAGCACAAUGAAACAAGUUAAUGCUUCAAAUUAUGUGAUGUCAUCAGACCAAUAUUUCAUAGCUCUGGAAAGCAAUUAUUCAAAGCUGUGGAGAUACUCUUACACAGCAUCAUAUCACAUUUAUGAUCUCAUAAAUGGUGGUUUUGUAACAGAAAAUCAGCUUCCACAUAAAAUUCAGUAUAUAUCCUGGUCACCUGUUGGACACAAAUUGGUAUAUGUAUAUCAGAAUGAUAUCUAUUUGAAACAAAGUCCCAGAGAGGCACCAAUUAAAAUAACUAGUGAUGGAAAACAGAAUGAAAUAUUUAAUGGGAUUCCUGACUGGGUCUAUGAAGAGGAGAUGCUAGCAACAAAAUAUGCACUGUGGUGGUCUCCAAGUGGAAGAUAUUUAGCAUACGUACAAUUUAAUGAUUCUGACAUACCUGUUAUUGAAUAUUCAUAUUUUGGUGAGGACCAGUAUCCUAGAAAAAUAACUAUCCCAUACCCAAAGGCUGGAGCUAAAAAUCCUACUGUUAAAGUGUUUAUUGUAGACACUAUUAACCCUGACGCAUUUGGUCCUAAGGAGAUGCCAGUUCCUGCAGUCAUAGCAUCCAGUGAUCACUAUUUUACUUGGCUUACUUGGGUAACAGAUACUCGAAUCUGUGUGCAGUGGCUGAAAAGAAUACAGAAUUUUUCAGUCUUAGCUAUCUGUGACUUCAAAGAGCAUUCAAAUACUUGGGACUGUCCAGAGAAUCAGCAGCACAUAGAAGAGAGUCAAACAGGAUGGGCAGGCGGAUUCUUUGUUUCUGCACCAUAUUUUACAUCAGACAGCAGUUCAUACUACAAAAUUUUUAGUGACAAAAAUGGUUAUAAGCACAUUCAUUACAUCAAUGGCUCUGUGGAGAAUGCAAUCCAAGUUACAAGUGGAGAAUGGGAGGCAAUAUAUAUUUUCAGAGUAACAAAUGAUGCAAUUUUCUAUUCAAGCAAUGAAUUUGAAGGCUAUCCAGGAAGAAGGAAUAUUUACAAAAUUAGCACUGGAAGUAAACCUAUGAGAAAACAAUGCAUUACUUGCAAUUUAAGGAAAGAGAGAUGUCAGUAUUAUACAGCAAGAUUCAGUGAACGUUCUACGUAUUAUGCCUUGAUCUGUUAUGGUCCUGGGAUUCCCAUUUCUACUCUUUUUGAGAACCGUGGUGAUAGAGAACUCAGAGUAUUGGAAGACAAUUGGGAAUUGCAGUCUGCUUUGCAAGAGAUCAGACUGCCAAAAGAAGAAAUUAAUAAGCUUGAAGUGGAUGGUAUAACUCUGUGGUACAAAAUGCUUCUACCUCCACAGUUCGACAGAUCUAAGAAGUACCCUCUGCUUAUUCAGGUGUAUGGAGGACCUUGCAGUCAGAAUGUAAAGGAAACCUUUAGCAUUAGCUGGAUAACCUAUCUUGCAAGCAAAGAGGGAAUUAUUGUUGCUCUGGUAGAUGGCAGAGGGACAGCUUAUCAAGGUGACAAGAUUUUGCAUGCAGUAUAUCGAAGACUUGGAGUUUAUGAAGUUGAGGACCAAAUCUCAGCAGUUAAAAAAUUUAUAGAAAUGGGCUUUAUUGAUGAGAAACGAAUAGCAAUAUGGGGCUGGUCCUAUGGUGGCUAUGUAAGUUCUUUGGCACUUGGAUCUGGCAGUGGAGUAUUUAAAUGUGGAAUGGCUGUGGCUCCUGUUUCUAGCUGGGAAUAUUACGCAUCAAUCUACACAGAACGAUUUAUGGGUCUUCCUAUAAAGUCCGAUAAUCUUGAGCACUAUAAGAAUUCAACUGUGAUGGCAAGAGCAAAGAAUUUCCAAAACGUAGAGUAUCUUCUCAUCCAUGGAACAGCAGAUGAUAAUGUACAUUUUCAGAACUCAGCACAAAUUGCAAAAGCUCUGGUUAAUGCACAGGUGGAUUUCCAGGCAAUGUGGUAUACUGAUCAGAACCAUGGAAUUCCAGGCCUUUCCAGCAAACAUCUCUACACACAUAUGACCCACUUCCUCAAGCAAUGUUUUUCUUUGUCAGAAUAAGUAGGCUACUCAGAGCAUGCUAAGGCAUCUGAGACAUCUCUGGGAGAAUGAAAUGACAGCAGUGUCCAAGUUGUAUAGUUUUCAGGUUAAUUGAUCACAGGAACUUUGAAAUUUUUAACUUGAUGUUUACAUCCACUUUUGAUAUUGUAUAUUAGCAAAGGUUAUGGUAACAAAUGUUUUUACACAUUUGGUAUCUGUUUGACAGAAAAAAUAAAAUCAGAAUGUAAAAGAUCUUGUCCAUCUAUUGCUGACUUGCUUAAACAUACAUUCUGCAGUGCAAGAAAGGUGAUUCAUUGCAAAUGCACACUGUCAGAUUAAUAUGAAUGCAGAUCAUAUUAACAGAUCUGUAAAAUGGGAAAGAACAAAAGAAGCAGUGCAAGUACCUAAUAGACAUCCUCACAAGAUGUUUCUCAAAAUUUAUUUCCAACUUUUCGUAAAGAAUCCAAGAGAUAGGAACACACAAUAUUCAACACUGAAGUUUGGAUACUUAUGGAGAAUAUUGAAUGUGUUCAAAUUUUACUCAACUGUUAUUUGAAACCUUGAUUCUGCAAAACUCUCAGUGUUCAGGUUUAAACAUGAAAGCAGGACACACAUGAUAAUUAUCAUAUAUCAGUGGGUUUUUCACCUGUAUUCAAAGUAUGUGAGUUAUAUUGACCUGUUUUUAAUUUCUAAUCAUCACCUCAGCAUUCAAAUUUAUGUCAAUGUCAUUCAUCCCAGACUGGAGGGGAAGGAUCAAAGGAUUGUGCAAACUUUCUUUGCCUUGUUUCGAGUGAAAGUAUUUUAGGGAGUCUUUAAAAAAUGCUGGACGCUAAUAGUGAUUGGAAUACUUGUAUUCUUUUCAUUAGUAAUUAAAUCAGUCCUGUCAUAAUAUAAAAAUAUUAACAAGAUAAUUGGCAAGAGGUCCAUUGUAGAUUUAACAAUUCCUUGGUCAUGUGUUUAAAAAAUUCUGAGUUAGACUUGUGCAUAAGAACCAUGGUCUUUCUGACACAAUCUCUGCUAUUAGCUGUUGAGAGUGCAAAAUAACCUGAAAUAUAUUGUGUUGCCUUCUCACAAAGUAAACUGCUUUAUAACUCUCAGUCAGAGAUCAGUUGCUGCUUCUUUGUGGAAAAGGAAGGGGUUUCAUUUGACUUUCUUGACAAAAACAUGGGGUUUGGCCAAAAUAAUUAAAAUGUGGAAGUGAUUUGCUAUG